AUGUCUGACCAAGAAGUUUUGGUUUUGAGAGGUACUUUGGAAGGCCACAACGGCUGGGUCACUUCGUUGGCCACCACCCCUGCCCACCCCGACUUGCUUCUUUCGGGUUCGAGAGACAAGACCUUGAUCACCUGGCAAUUGACUGGUGGUGAAGAAAACUACGGUGUUCCCAAGAAGUCGUUCAAGGGCCACGAACACAUCGUCCAAGACGUCACCAUCUCCGCUGACGGUGCUUACGCUUUGUCGGCCUCGUGGGACAAGACUCUCAGAUUGUGGGACCUUGAAUCCGGCGAAUGCACCAAGAGAUUCGUCGGCCACACCGGUGACGUGUUGUCGGUGUCGAUCGCCAAGAACUUGAGACAAAUCGUCUCGGCCUCGAGAGACAAGACCGUCAAGGUCUGGAACACCAUUGGUGAAUGUAUGGCCACCUUGCCCGGCCACUCCGACUGGGUCUCGGCCGUCAGAAUCUCGCCCGCUGACAACGCCUCCACCGUUAUCUCGGCUGGUUGGGACAAGACCGUUAAGUCGUGGGACUUGACCAACUACAAGUGCAACGCUGACUUCAUCGGCCACACCGGUUACAUCUCGUGCAUCACUUUGUCGCCCGAUGGGUCGUUGUGCGCUUCUGCCGGCAAGGACGGUGUCAUCAUCUUGUGGGACUUGAACAACAACAUCACCUUGUACACCUUGAACGCUAACGCUGAAGUCAGCGCCUUGGCUUUCUCGCCCAACAGAUACUGGUUGGCUGCUGCCACCGCCUCGGGCAUCAAGAUCUUCAAGUUGCAAGAAAGAACCUUGUUGGACGAACUCAAGCCUGAGAUUCCCACCGGCCCCAAGGCCAAGGACCCCGAAGCCAUCUCGUUGGCUUGGUCUGCUGACGGUCAAAACUUGUUCGCCGGUUACACUGACAACAAGAUCAGAGUCUGGCAAGUUAUGACCUCGUCUGCUUAA